UUCAUGCUCCUUCAUCCACUGGAUUGCCUGCAGCUUUGUAAUGCAGGAGUAUAUGAUGUGUUUAUGCUGCGGAGGCCAGUGCUCUCCAGGGUCCUGAAACAAACAUCUCUAUCUCCUUUAGACUGUUGUUUAUUCAAACCUGCAACCAUAGCUUUGGGGAUUCAUCUCAACAGUGACUAAUAGCCUUCGCAACCCCUCCCCGCUUCGCCUGUCUGUCUUCAAGCUGCAAAAAUACACACACAGUCACUGGUUCUUGUCAGAGGAGGAGCAGCAUCAGUGCCUGCUUAGUUUAUGCUCAUCUUUUCAUAUCAGCACGCAAGCUAAAGUGGGGGUAAUAUGGAGAAAACCGAAAGAGUUCUUCCGAGGCGAGGUAAAAUAACCUUUUUCUGCACACUUCAAGCCUACUGAGACAGAAAACAUGCAGGCAUGACUCAACACUGAAGGUUUCUGGAGGACGGAGAUCAGACAGGAUGGAUGCGCUAAAUUCAUCCAACAUCACCAACAUCAGUAAUGAUGAAAGCCCAGGCCUGUUUUCUGGAAGCCCUUACUCACCGGUGGAGUUGGUGCUCAUCAUUGUGGUGGCAUGCUCCCUGAGUCUGAUCACUAUCAUAGGAAACAUCCUGGUCAUGCUUUCUAUAAAGGUGAACCGAAAUUUGCAGACCGUCAACAACUACUUCCUGUUCAGCCUGGCUUGUGCAGACCUCAUCAUUGGCGUCUGCUCCAUGAACCUCUACACUGUCUAUAUAGUCAUUGGUUAUUGGCCCCUGGGAGCGGUGGUGUGUGACCUGUGGUUGGCUGUUGAUUAUGUUGUCAGCAACGCCUCUGUCAUGAACCUUCUCAUCAUAAGCUUCGACCGUUACUUCUGUGUCACCAAACCCCUCAGUUAUCCAGCACGCCGCAGUACCAAGAUGGCUGGCCUGAUGAUUGCAGCGGCUUGGCUCUUAUCCUUCAUCCUGUGGGCUCCAGCCAUUCUGUUCUGGCAGUUUAUUGUAGGUGGAAGAACGGUGCCUCCAGACGAGUGCUACAUCCAGUUCUUCUCCAACCCAGCGGUGACUUUUGGGACAGCCAUUGCCGCUUUUUACCUACCAGUGGCCAUCAUGAUCUACCUUUACUGGCGCAUUUCCAAGGCUAGCCGUAGUCGCAUGAGAAGAGACAGCAGGAAGACAUCAGGUACCAGUCUGGCAGAAGCUCACUCCAACAGCCACGAGGAAGGUUGUGAAAACAACUGUGUGGCAACAAAACAAGAUCAGGAGGGAGCUGGAGAGGGGAAGGAAGUACUCCAGCAGCAAAAUGGAAGUUGGCCACGGAGAAAUAAGCAUGUGGACCAAGACACCAUAUCAGACAUCAUUCAGGCUCCCAUAUCUAAAGACACUGAAGGCCCUGCUUCAUCACGGAAAAGCUCAAAUGAUGGGAAAACUCAAACUCAGGUCUCCCUACAGAACUCAGCAAUUGACAGACAAAGUAUGGUUGCAAGGACUCUAUUGUUGGUAACAAAGCGUUCUGUGAGUGAAAGUGUUGUUGCAAAGUGGAAGAGGAAGGGCCAUUCCUCCAGGGAGAGGAAAGUGACACGCACAAUCAUGGCCAUUCUCGUAGCCUUUGUUGCCACAUGGACGCCGUACAACGUUAUGGUCCUGAUCAACACCUUCUGCUCCAUCUGCAUCCCCAACUCACUUUGGACCAUUGGCUACUGGCUCUGCUACAUCAACAGCACGGUCAACCCCGCCUGCUAUGCCCUUUGUAAUACCACCUUCAAGAACACCUUUAAGCACCUUCUUCUGUGUCAGUACAAGAACAUUCGUACACGAUGAGAUGCUGUCACUUUGUGGAGGAGGCAGAACAACACAGCAUUAGAAAAAAACACAAAGCAUUUACAUUUUACUUCUUUUUAUUUAUUUUCUGCAUGAUCACACCUCUGGUGAAGAAGUUAAAAUGGUAAAGGGUGUAUACUUAUAUAGCUCUUCACUACUUUCCUUGAAGGCCCAAAGCACAUUGCCGUCACAGUCCCAUGCACACACACACAUUUACACACUGAUGGUGCCAACCUGUAACCACCAGAAGCAAUGUGGGGUUCAGUGUCUCGCCCAAGGAAACUGCCACACAUGGGCGGGUAAGACAAUAACCGGACCUGUAAUCUUCCGAUCAGAGGUCGACCGCUCUACCUCUGUACCACGGCUGCUGUUAACGCUUAAAUACUGGAGAAGAGAGCUCAAUAAAAACCACAUUCAGGAGGAACUGCUUGGGUUCCACCAUAGAAAAAAGCUCUUCAGCCUCACUGUGAUCUUUGAGGGAUCUUGGGAGGUGGCACAUCUGCUCCAGAUGGAUUUUGCAGACUUUGAGAGAGGAUUUGACUGUAUUCUAUAUGAUGUUCUGUAAGGGUUAUCAGAGUGCAGGAGACACAUGGACUUUUGGUAGGAGCCAUUGGUCCUGAUUCAGAUUCUUGGUUCCCAUAGCCAAGAGUAGGUCAUACUUGUUUCCAGACUUUGCCAGGAAAUUCUGUCCACAACUGUAAUGGACAGAGUUUCUCAGUUCAGCAAAACAAUGAAAAAGUUUGGCUUUGGAAGCCUCAGAUCAGGAUCGGAUGGCCUCCUGAAUCCACAACCUCCAGCUCUCCCUUCAAAGCUGUUGGCUGCUGAGAACAAAGGCAGAAUGAGAUGAAAGUCUGGAAAGGUGAAAUACUCUCUCCAGGUGGAUGAGUCAAAGUGUCUGAGUAUUCUGUUUACAAAGAAUGAUGAAGCCUGAGAUAUCGGCGAGAUGUUUGCAGUCCUGCAAAUCUAGUUUCUGAUAUGUGAUGACAAAGCUCUGGAUUUAUUCGUCAAUAUACACAUCUACCAUCACCUGUUCUAUAGUCAUGAGCAGUGAAUGAUGACAGAUACAGCCAAUUCAGAAAUGAGCCAUCUUCACAAUUUGACCAAGAUCUCCUUUAGGAAAAUGGGAGCCACUACUUCUUCCAAUUAGAAGGAAACAGUUAGGAUGUUUUAGACAUCUGGCACACGCAGAUGCCUUCUUAAUGAGGUAUUUAUGGGCAUGUACAGCCAGGAGGAAGCCUCACAACAGAACCAGGACAUGCUGGAGAUAUCUUAUCUCUCUGCUGGCCUGGGAAUGCCUCGGCAUCCUCCCAGAAGAGCUGGAGGAGAUGAAACUGCUGCGCAUGUGACCCGAGGAGUUGAGAGUAAUAGACGUAAGGUUAUAAAAUCCUAAUACCAGAAACUGUUUUAUAUUUAUACAAUGUUAGUUCUUUAUGUUGUAGUUGAAGACUCAACAUUGUAAAAGAGUAUAAAAGGCAUUUCUGAGGUUCCUUAAGUUUAUAUUAUUUUCCUCAUAUCUGGUGCAUGAAGAUAUUCAGACGUGUUAAAAAUGGCUGUUAAUGUGAUGUUAGAGUAUAACAACUGCAGAACUAAUGACAAAAAAGUCAUGUUUAAAACAAAAGCACAUAACACUAUUGAGAGAGUAUUGUUACAGGAGUGGAGGCCACUCUGUAAAAAAAAUAGUAGCUGUAAGUGAGUAAAUGUGAGUAUACAGCUGUGUGUUUUGUGUGUGUCCUGUAGAUUACAUUAAAUCCGUUUCAUAAAUCUGAUAUCUGAAUCUGUAGGGAUUUGUGAUUUGGUGGAAAAAUGUCCCACAUCUUUGUCCAUAUGGUGUCCUUAUCUGUGUUUUGUGUUAAUAAAAAGAUUAUGCCUGUACUUAC